CCACCACACACUGACGCCAGCUCUCUCUGGCUGCUGCCUCUCCCUCAGGCGGCCUCCCGCGGUCUCCUUCCCGCCCGGGUCUGUCUUUCCCUUCGAUGUCGUCCCAUUUCGCCCGCUACGAGUCCUUCCUCGUCAAGAAUGUGUCCACCAUAUCUUCCCUCGAGUCUACCCUGAGGUCUAUUACGUGGAUCCUGCCGGGCAGGUUCAGAGAUGCAGAGUUGGCGUCAGAGGCUUUGUCCGCCUCCCUCAAUGUUAUGAGCAUGUAUCAUGACACGCUCCUGGAGAGGGUUGUCCAAGCGGAUCCCAAAUACAAAGCCUUGAUACCCCACUCGCUAUACAAGUGGGCUGCUCGCGUGCUGCAAUUGGUCCGCUUCACGGAACUGUUGAUCGAGAUGGGUUUGCGGAGGAAGGUCUCGCAACGUAACAGGUGGAGGGGAAUCGUGCUUCUGGAGGUCAUCAAAGCGGUCCUUCGCCUAGUCUUGCUACGGAUCACCAGGAGGCCCGUACUUUCGCCGCCUAUCCCUGAGCGCGAGUUUGAUCCUUCCGCCAUCCCUCUGGAUUUCGACGCAGCAUCCCCGACUCUAGCGCCAUCUUCACCGCCGUCAUCGCUUCCUGCGACUCCUGAGCAUCUCAGAAACAACCACGAGCCGUUGCCUCUGCAUCCUCUCUUGACGCCAUCUCCACCUACGCAAUCUCCGCAACCGGUGGAAGACUUCCUUCUGCCUAAGGCUCUGACUACAUCGUCUGUCAAGGCACCAACAGCACUCGUCGCUCCUCUUGUCUCGCCCAAGGCCUGGCUUUCGGAGAUCAUCUACAUUCUCCGCCCUCUUGUCUAUGCGACGAUGCUGUCGCGCAAGAGGAGAAACACAAACCCACUCAUGGUCGUACUCAUGAUGGAGCUCCUAGCUCGCAACCUGAGACGCGUGCCGUCGCGAUCGGCCCAGUUGGAACGGGCGGAGUAUGCGCUUCGCGACAGGGACAUGCUCUGGUACCUUCUCCGGGGCUCGAUCUGGGAUUCAUGGACGAAGCCCAAGCUGGAGGCGUUCGCGAGCAAGACAGCGAAUGUGCCGCUGCUCGGUCUCUUCAGCGCGCUGACGAGAGACUGGACUCGUCCCAGGGUAUUAUCGCAAGUGAUCUACGUGUGAUUGUUCUGCAAGCUGAUCACGGAAGCGUGCGCGAGUGUGGCGAGGGGCAGUUUGAUAUUGACGGUGAUAGCGAGCGUUUGUGAUCGGAUCGUCAACGGACAGGGUUGAGACGC